AUGGCUGGCAAAAAUCAACUUCCAUUCCAUGUACGUGCCACUGAUGUUGUACACAGAUUAACUGUUCUAGGGUUAGCUGGGUUCUGUAUUGUAGGUGGAGGAUCAAUAGUUUUCAAUAUUUGGGCAAAUUCCGAUUAUGCUCCUUGGAACAAAAAGAAGUUGAAAUUUGAGGAAGAGCAGUAUCAUCAAUCUAGAGAGGUUGGUGAGUCCAGCUCAUCACAAGUUGAAUAA